AAUGCCAAAACUGAAUAUCUCUAAUAAAUAGACACAAUACUACUGUACACAUUUCUAUCAUGUUUGAUUUUACAGUUAAAGGAUUCCUUGGAUACAAAGUACAUUUUUUAUUAGCUCGAUCAUAAUAAAACAUCUGGAAUAAUCCAGUGUGACAGAAGUGGCCGCGUCCCAAAUCACUUACUUCCCUAAUAACUAGUUUAUAGUUUUAAUUAACAGUUACAGUAGGUUGUUUAGUGAAGUUAUGGACGUAGAGUAAGUACAGCGACAUGACGUGUCCCAAAUCCUAAACUGUUUACUGCUCAUCCGCGAAAUGGCGGCGUCUGUAGCCUGUGGUAAUUUUGCGGUUUUGAACACAGCCAAUGACAUCACCAGUUUCGGAAGGACGGGUCACGUGACGCGACCGUUCACCUGAAGAGCAGGUAGUAGCAAGCAGGUGUGUUUAGCCGUAAAGGGAUCCAAGACUAAAAAAGCAGAACUCAUGUCAUCAGCGUACAGGUCAGCGGCGCGUUUUGAUCAUAUCCGAGACGUCCCGCACUAUGACCAGGUGCCAUUUGGGUCCCUACCUCGGGAACAGGACUUCCCAUACCCCCUUGGUGGUGUGGUGCCGGCCAUCAGCGCCGAUCCCUUACCACCUCCCCCUCUUCCGUUCGACCCGCCAGUGGGUCCAGACUCCUACCCGAACGAUGCCGAGGACCAACCGGACGAAGCCAUGGACAUCAAACCGGUGCGCCGUUUCAUCCCUGACUCUGUGAAGAACUUCUUCCGUGGAGGCAGUUUCCGGAGCAGCAAAACCCAGUCAUUUCCGCCACCUCCAUCUGAAAUCGUGAACAGCACUACCGAGGGGGUGCCAUGCUCUCCUCCGCAUUCUCGGCCACCUUCACCCAACGCCCCCAGCUCCUUCAAUGACCCGUACGGAGGCUCCGGAGGCAGCUACACCUCACGUAAGGAGCAGGCAGCACUGCUUGGUGAGCCGAUCGAAUCGGUAUCAGGCCAGUCAGCUCGCACGGCCAUGACGUACAGCGAGAAAGUGGAGGAGUACCACAUGCGCUACGCCUAUAUGAAGUCAUGGGCGGGCUUGUUGCGCAUCCUUGGCUGCGCCGAACUCCUCUUGGGUGCUGCUGUCUUUGCGUGUGUCUGUGCCUACGUGCACAAGGAUAACGAGUGGUAUAACAUGUUUGGCUACAGUCAGCAGACCGGCAUUGGAGGCAGUUAUGCAGGAGCCAUGGGGGGGAUGUACGGCAACUACGGUUACAACUACAGGGGACCCAAGACACCUUUCAUCCUGGUGGUGGCCGGAUUGGCCUGGAUUGUCACAGUUAUCCUGCUCGUCCUGGGGAUGACCAUGUACUACCGCACCAUCUUGCUGGACUCCAGCUGGUGGCCAGUGACGGAGUGUAUAAUAAACGUAGUGCUAGGGGUGCUUUAUUUGUCAGCAGCUAUAGUAUACGUGAAUGAUACGGUACGCGGUGGCCUCUGCUACUCCCCGUUUUUCAACAGCGGCCCCAGUGCUGCCUUUUGUCGCACUGAAGCUGGACAGACGGCCGCCAUCAUCUUCCUUUUCCUCACCAUGCUGCUGUACCUGGUGGGGGCUGGAGUGUGUCUCAAACUGUGGAGGCACGAAAAGGCAAGACUACGACGAGAGGCCCUGGCACAAGAGAUGAAGACUGUCGCAUCGUCACCGCUGACCAUGAUUGGACCCGGAUCCAGUGUAUCAGGACCGAUUUAUAAACCUCAAAAAAUGGCUUCUCCUGACAGUGUGGAUGAUACUGCAACUGUUCCACCGGCUAUGAUGGAGCCGGAGUACCUGAGGGGGCACAUACCGGCGGGACACAUCCCUAAACCGGUGGUCAUUGCAGAUUAUGUGGCGAAGUACCCCACCAUCCGCACCGAUGAGGAGAGGGACCAGUACAGGGCUGUGUUUAACGAUCAAUACGCAGAGUAUAAGGAGCUCCACGCUGAGGUUCAGGUGCUGGCCAAGAAGUUUGAAGAGAUGGACAAUCUGAUCAAGAGCCUGCCGUCUCAGCCGUCCAGUCAAAUGGAACAAGAGCGGAUCGCCCAAAUCAUGCAGGAGUACCAGAGGAAAAAGAACGACCCCACGUUCCUAGAGAAGAAGGAGCGAUGCGAGUACCUGAAGAGCAAACUCUCACACAUCAAGCAGAAGAUCCAAGAAUAUGACAAAGUGAUGGACUGGAACGACGGCUACAGUUCAAACGCGUGACAUCAUCACUCUGCUGUCUGACCUCAUCACUAACCCAAAGUGCUGACAGCGUUAAUGUGUGUGAUACGAGGUUUAAGUCUGAUAUCUGAUGCUUCACUUCUCUGUAAAAUAAACACUAGUGCUGUUUAUGAAGUUAUCUAUAAUGCCAUAUUGCUUUAUGAAGAGACGGAUGAAAAAGUUUUUUGUUUGAAGGAAAAAGUGGUUCAAUUAUAAAUCAUUUUUAUUAUAUGUAACUAGACAUGUGCCAAAAAGACUGUCCUUGUUCUGACUUCGUAGGCAGCCUCCCGGAGUGGAAAAGGAUAUUUAAAUGUGUCCACAGCAACAGCGUUCCUGCUCGUUCACAUAAGCAAAAUUAUAACUUCAACUAGCUCCACUUACAGGAAGGAUUUUUAAACUUUCACACGUAAAAAAGAUGUGAUAUUUGUUAUUGUUAAUGUUAUUUUCACAUUUGAUAUUUUUUUCCAUGUUUUUAUAUCAUUUCACGUGAUCCCCA